AUGAUAGUUCUAUAUUGGAAUGUCAAUGGGGUGUCGAAGGUGAAGGCUGGUUUGAAGCUGCGUGAAUUAGUUAGGGAGUUUAGGCCGGUUAUCAUUUGUAUUGCUGAGCCGAAAAUUCCAUAUGCCGAUGGUGUGAUGCUUCGUCUAAAUUUAGAUGGUUUUGUUAAAAAAGCAAUUCAUAAUUCUUCUUCUAGUUCUAUUGGUAAUCUUUGGAUACUUUGGAGUGAGGAUAUUGAAGAGCCAAUGGUGCUAAAUAGCACAAGACAAGAUGUUACGGUGAAAAAUGAAGGAGUCUUUGUUUCUUGUGUUCAUGCAAGUUAUAUUCAGGUGUUUAGAAGGAGAUUAUGGUGUCAACUAGCUGUGGUAGAUACUACUACUCCUUGGAUGGAUAAUGGUCUUUUUGAGGCUGAUUCUUUGGGUUCUAAAUUCACUUGGACUAAUGGUCAGUUGGGAGGGAGAAGAAUUGUUAGUAAGCUGGAUCGUGCCAUUAUCAAUGAGCCUUGGUUAAAUAAAUCGAAACGUGCUCCUUUCAGAAUUCAGAAGAUGUGGUUUACGCAUUCAGAUUUUAUAAGAAUGGUUGAAGCUUCUUGUAGUGCCCCGGUGUAUGGUAAUCCUGAUUUCGUUUUUCCCUUUAAGCUAAAGAGAUUGAAGGUGGCUAUGAAAGUGUGGAAUCUGCAGGUGUUUGGUAAUGUGAAUGCAAGGCUAAGUCAGGCUCAAUUGAGGUUUGAAUUGGCUAGUAGGAAUUCUGAUGAAGACCCAUUUGACACUUUCAAGCAAAAUGAGAUGAAGGAUGAGUUGGUGUUAGUUAAUGAAGCACGUAUGCAGCAACAUAUUAUGUUGAAGCAAAAAUCUCGAAAUAAAUGGAUUUUGGAGGGUUCAAGUAAUUCUUCUUAUUUUCAUAGUUCAAUUAAAACUCGUAGAAAUUCUAACACAAUUUCGGAGUUGGUGAAUGAGGAGGGGUGUAUUAUUAAGGAGUCAGACCAGUUAAGAGACCAUUUUGUUUCUUAUUAUGAAAACAAGUUCAAUGGAGUGGAUCAGCCGAUUGAGGAUAGUUUGUUUGGGUAUGAGCAUAAUUCAAUCUCACAUGAGGAAAGGCUGAUGUUGGAUUUUAUUCCUUCUUUAGAUGAAAUUAAGGGAGCGGUUUUUGAUUUGAAUGCGGAUAGUGAUCCAGGUCCAGAUGAAACUAGACUUGGUAAAGUCUUGGAUAAGUUGGUCUCGGAGGAGCAGGUCGUGUUUAUGAAAGGGAGGAACAUUCAUGAGAAUAUUAGUUUGGCUUCUGAAUUGGUUAAUGAGUUGCACAUUAAAAGAAAGGAUGGAAACUUAGGUCUCAAGCUGGAUAUCUCUCAAGCUUUUGAUACGGGGAAUCAGAAGAGUCUGACAAACUUGUUGAGGUUGCUUGAGGUUUAUCAACAGGCAUCUGGUCAAAGGGUUUGUAGGGAGAAGAGCAAAAUUUAUUUUGGAGGUGGGUCGUUGCAUAGGAGGCAGGCUAUUGCUAAUUUCUUAGGCAUGGGUGUUACUUUCUUUCCGGAUAGAUAUUUGGGAGUUAAGGUGAUGCCUGGUAGGGUGAAAUAUAGUCAUAUUAGUAAUGUGGUGGGUAAGUUGAAGGAUCAUCUCUCGGUGUAUAAAGGUAAAAUGCUUUCCUUUCAGGAUCGGGUAGUGCUUAUUAAAUCUGUCCUUGCAAGCUAUGCCAUUCAUAACAUGGUUGUGUAUAGGUGGCCUGUUAAAUUUUUUAAGCAAAGUGAACGUGUUAUUCAUAAUUUUCUUUGGUCGGGAGAUUCAGACUUGGCUAAAGCUUUUGUGGUGGGAUAUGAUAAUAUUUGUAGUCCGGUGAAGGAAGGGGGUCUUGGGCUUACUAGCUUGAGUAAUAUGAACAAGGCUCUGAUCAUGAAGUUGUGGUGGAGUAUUAAAACUUCUAAGAAGAAUUGGGCUAGAUUUCUGGAGUCGAAAUACACUUGUAGAGAUGGUCGUCUGAAGAUGGCAGGAGUUAAAUCUUCAAUUUUUCCGGGGAUUCGAUGGGUGCACACUGAAGUUAUGCGCAAUACUAAAUACUUAAUAGGUGAUGGUAGAGCAACUUCUUUAUUUUUUGAUGUUUGUUAUGGUACUGUAACUUUGGCUGAGGUCUUGCAGAGAACUGACCUUGACAGACGUGCGAGAGUUAGUGAUAUCAUAGUGCAGAAUCAAUGGCAUUUGGAGGGAGAGCAUAUGCGUGACCUUGCAAGUGCUGGUGUGGCUAGGGAGAAUUUACCAAGAAGGCUUAUGGGCAGUGAUGAGAGGAUUUGGAUGCCAGAUCUAAAGGGAAUGUUUUCUGUCAGGUCUGCAAGGGAUUUGGUGCGCAGCAAGUAUCCUUUGCUUCUUGAAGCAAAUCUGUUGUGGAGGAGGGUGGUGCACCCGGAUUUAGCAGCUCAGAAUUGGAAAUUUGUUAGGGUAGCUUGUGCAAAUCUGGACAAAGUUAAGAGUAGAUUCAAGAUUGCUCUUCCAUCUCGGUGCAGUGUGUGUCAGAUUGAGGAGGAGUCUUUGGAGCAUAUUCUCUGGAGAUGUAGUGCUGCUAAACGUGCUUGGCAGUGGUUGGAAGGUAAUUUUCAUCUUAAAUCUUGUUAUAACUUGAUUGCUUCUAAUAAACAAGAAAAAGGUUGUAAUAGAAUGGUUAAAGAUCUGUGGCUUGUCUCCAAUAUGGUGGUGCGUUCAGAACUGUGGUUUCAAAGGAAUAAGAUGGUUUAUGAGAAGAAGAAACCUUGCUGGAAUUUCUUCAAGAAGCGUGUGUUUAAUUUCAUUCAUGAAUACUCAGAUAGAAUGAAUGGGUGUAUGCUUAACAGGGUUGAAGAUCUGGAGAUAUUGGUUUUUUCAGAGUAA